CUCGGCGCGCAUGCGCAGCGAGGGUACUGUAGUUGGGUGUGUGUGUGUGUCUGUUACUCUCAAUCUCACUUCUCGAAUGUCUGUUCGUCCCAGAAACGCUACCAUCUACCCAACGGGCGACGAAGGAAACUACUAGCAAACUAUUACCGCCUCAUGUUCAGUUUGGAGCUGUAGGACUAUUGGCCAGCCUCAACCAACUGCAUAGCUAAUACCUCGGUGCAUGCAACUAUAUAGCUGUCUUACAGGUGCUUUCGUAUGCCCCGAUUAUGAGCUGCAGCCAUGUCAAUAACA